AUGCUAUUCACAGUUUUGAACUCAUGCUAUUUUUUUCAAUUAACAGAACCUGUCCAAAAGGAUAACAGUGAUAAGACUAAUUCAAUAGAGCAAGACAAACAGCAUCAACAAGAUCAAAACUUACAAGCAGAUAACAAGCAUGAUGGCAAAGGACCAUCGGUAGCCAGUGAUACUCCUAAAGAUGAUCCGAGUCCUGCUCAAAAGGCGCAGGUCGAGAAAAGCAAAAAUGAACAAGAUACUAAAAGAACCGUUAGCGAUACUGAUACACCCGAGGAUGAUAGCACCACGCCAAGUAGUAGUAGUAGUAGUAGCAGCAGUAGUACUAGUGGUGGUGGCGAUCAUAACAAGAAAGACGAUAAAUAUUGGUGGGAAGAGUUAUCGGAAGCCAGAAUGAGACAGAUUGGUUUAGGAGUCGCAAUAGCUAUUGGAGCUGGCUAUUAUUUAUAUACUACAGAUCACAAUGCGACUAGAGAAAUCAAUUGGCAACAAUUUAGAGUUAACUACUUGGAGAAAGGAUUAGUAGAAAAAUUAGUCGUCGUAAAUAAAAGUUAUGUAAAGGUUUUUCUUAAAAAUCAUGAUGAUGGGAUGUUCGAAUCCCCGCAAUAUCAUUUCACCAUUGGAAGUGUAGAAAAUUUUGAACGAAACUUAGAAACUGUUCAAAGAGAUCUCAAUGUUGAUCCUAUAGACCAAGUUCCUGUAGUAUACGUCAAACAAUAUGAAUAUCUACGAGAAAUUUUACUGCUGUCUCCAACUUUACUCCUUAUUGGCGGUAUGAUUUAUGCAUCAAGGAGAAUAUCCACUGGUAGUCGAGGUGCAGGAGGCAUUUUUGGUGUGGGACAGUCUACUGCGAAAUUUUUUAACAAAGAAACUAAUAUUAAAGUAAAAUUUAGUGAAGUAGCAGGAUGUGAAGAGGCCAAGAUCGAAAUCAUGGAAUUUGUUAAUUUCUUAAAGAAUCCUAAUCAGUAUCAACAACUAGGUGCAAAAAUUCCUCGGGGAGCUAUCUUAUCUGGCCCUCCAGGUACUGGUAAAACACUUUUAGCGAAAGCAACUGCUGGUGAAGCUGGAGUACCUUUCUUGAGUAUAUCUGGCUCAGAAUUUCUUGAAAUGUUUGUUGGUGUUGGUCCUGCACGUGUAAGAGAUCUUUAUGCUCAAGCUCGUAAGAAUGCACCAUGUAUUAUUUUUAUUGAUGAAAUUGAUGCCGUUGGGCGAUCGCGCAGUAAGGGUGGUCAAUUUGGUGGACAUGAUGAAAGAGAGAAUACCUUAAAUCAAUUGUUGGUCGAAAUGGAUGGCUUUAGCAGUACAACUAACGUAGUUGUUUUAGCUGGUACAAAUCGACCAGAUAUCUUAGAUCCAGCCCUUCUCCGUCCAGGUCGAUUCGAUAGACAAAUAGUCAUUAGUCCACCUGAUAUUAAAGGAAGGUUAUCAAUUUUUAAGGUUCAUCUUAAGCCAAUUAAAACUGAUCUCGAUAUAAAUGCAGUAGCUCGUAAACUAGCUGCCUUAACGCCUGGAUUUACAGGGGCUGAUAUUGCAAAUGUCUGUAACGAGGCCGCUUUAAUUGCUGCUCGACAUCUUUGCUCCAAAGUCGAAUUAACUCACUUUGAGCAAGCUAUUGAAAGAGUUAUAGCAGGAUUGGAAAAGAAAACCCAGGUUUUACAGCCUGAAGAAAAAAAUGUUGUUGCCCACCAUGAAGCUGGACAUGCUGUUGCCGGAUGGUUUUUGGAACAUGCCGAUCCAUUACUUAAGGUUUCGAUUAUACCUCGUGGAAAAGGAUUAGGAUAUGCACAAUAUCUACCGAAGGAACAAUAUUUAUAUACGACUGAACAGGCUAGUAAUGAUCAUUUAAUGGACAGAAUGUGUAUGACGCUUGGUGGUAGAGUAGCAGAACAAAUAUUCUUUAACCGCAUAACUACUGGAGCUCAAGAUGAUCUCAGUAAAGUGACAAAUAAUGCUUAUGCUCAGGUUAUCAAAUUUGGUAUGAAUGAAGCCAUUGGCAAUCUUUCCUUUGAUAUGCCUGGUGACGGAGAACCGAUGUUUGAAAAGCCUUACAGUGAAGCUACUGCUCAAUUGAUUGAUGAAGAAGUUAGAAAAUUAAUUAAUUUAGCUUAUGCAAGAACUACAGAAUUGUUGAAGAGCCAUAAAGAUGAUGUUGCUAAGAUCGCUAAUUUACUAUUGGAAAAGGAAGUACUAAAUCGGGACGAUAUGAUCGAAUUAUUGGGUCCUCGUCCUUUCCCAGAAAAAUCAACUUAUGAGGACUUCGUUGCUAAUACUGGCGGUGAUGAAGAAGAUACUAGCUUGCCUGAAGGGCUAAAAGACUUUUCAUAG